CAAAACUAUAGUGUACACAAUGAUAAUAUACAACAUGCAGAGGUCACGUUGUAACCUCCCUCCCUCCCUCCAUGGGAGCACUGUAAAAAAUGUGAGUAUUUGUCCUCUCCGGCAUCUUGUACUGUGAAGUUGGACACUCUGGAGGGAUUUUUCCAUGCGUCCUUUCGAAAAACUUCCCUGUCCAAUGGGUGUGCAGCCCUGGUGCAGCGGCUCCUCCUCUCCGCUGCCUGCUCCCACAUGUAACGUUAUCACCCUCCGUCUGUCUGUUGCGUUGUCUCACUUGGGGACGCAGCGUUCUGGAGCACAGCACCAUGGUGACCCUACUGGACCGGGAAGCUUAUAACUGACAUUAAAAAAGAAAGAAAGAAAGGAUUGUGUCAACAGGAAAUUAUGACAUGGCUCGUUGAUGUUCCCUCCGUGUACCAGUGGAUUCAUUAAUUCUAGUCUUGUGCCAGUCAGCAGGGCUGCCUGAAGCUGUGGGCUGCAUGGCACGUUAGUGAUGGAGAUUAUAUUUCCUUUAUCGCAUUAAUUCAAGCGGCUACUAUGUUGCUAUCGCUCGUCCAGACCCGUUUUGCUCUACCUGGAGCUGCACCGUAGCACCCACUCUAUCCUCUCAUCCAGUGCACGGCGACUGAGCGGUGGUCAGCGGUGCGCCCCGGUUCCGCCUGCCGGGCACCCCGACGAUUAUGGCCGGCCGCCGCAGCUGCGUGAACUCGCUCUGGUCGGGCACCGAGCGCGUCCGCAUCGGAGAGCGCCUCAAAGCGACCCUUGCCGGGGUGCUGGAGUUGGAGCUGCUCAGGUGCAAACACCUGGAGAUGGUGGACGCCGCUCGGAGGACCGAGUUCCCACUGCCGCCAACGCCGAAGAGCCACGAGCGGAGGAGGGGAGGGGAACCCCGGAGAGCGCCUGCCUCGGAAGCCGAGCAUGGCAUUGCGACAUCCCGCAGGCAACAGGCUCCGUCUCCCUCAGAUAUAGUGGUAAUGCCCUGUCAGAGCAGCCUAGAGGACUGUGGCAGUAAUUCAGGGGACGGGACGGUCCACACCUCAUCUGGCAGGGGGAGCAACUCACGCUGGUCUACUCUGUCGUGGGACGCCCCCUCUGACCUGCUCUCUCCCCCAACACCAGACCCCAGUGGUACAGUCCAUCUGGACAGUGACUCCAGGCCUAGUUCAGGUUUCUAUUCAGUGAGCGGGAGCUCUCUCUCGGACUCUUGCUACUCAGUGUCCAGUGACGCUGCUCAGGGAGGAUCAGCGCCCUCGGCCAGACCCCUGAAGCUGUGGGAGCAGGUUCCUCUGUCCGCUGACAACACGGACACUCUGUGGUCAGACGGUGCAGUGCAACAGCAGCAGCCUGCUCUGCAGAGCAGCCAGGAAGAAGCUGAACUAACAGAAGGGACGCCAGUUUCAGUCCAAAGUGACAUUGAAGUGCCCGGUCUGAGCUUCCUGUCUGACCUCUGCUCAGGACUUGGUGACUCCCUAAUUUCUUCCUUCCUACCGCUUCUCGAACCGACCUCCUCCUCCUCCUCCUCCCUCCAUCCGAACCCCCAGCUGGACCCUCGCUACUGCACAGACCUGGUGUCCCGUCGGACCAAAGAGGUGUACCCCUACCCCAGCCCACUGCACGCCGUUGCCCUCCAGAGCCCCAUCUUCACCUCCCAGAGCCAGGAGCAAUCAGCCUCUCCGAACCCUGAAGGGCUCCAACUAGAUGAACCACAAGAGUCCAACAUGGAUCCAACUCUGCCUCUCCAGCCCACUGGCCUGGCUUCUUUUACCCAGCUGGAGCAGUACAUCUGUCGACUGGCACGCCAGUACCACAGUCGGGUAACCUCCUCCACCGCCGAUCUCACUUCAUCUGCCACCCCUGGUCAAGUCAGGCACAGAGGCCUUUGUACCCCGGGCAAAAGUCACGGUUCCACUCAGUCCCUUUACGCCUUUGAGAGCCGCAGUCAACACUCCACCCUGCCAGUGGGUAGCAUCACUCCUUGUAAGUCGCUGCUGGGAAACUCUGCCAGAAUCAGCCUCAGCACCACAGGGAAAAAACCCACUAGGAAUUCAAUCAACCUGGGUAACCUCCCUUCGGCAACCGGAGAGGACUUGAACAUAAAUCUGCAUCUCAACCUUAACUUGAAUCUGACUCCUGGUUUAAAUUCUAGCCGUGUGGACAAUCCCAAAAAUGGCAGCUGUGGAGCUUUGAGGAAUGACUUUGCAUCAGUUUCCGCAUCCUCUGCUACAUCACUCUCCUCCGCCACACCCGCUCCGGCACUAAGGGCUCGCCCUCGCAUUUCAACAUGCCCAAGCAGCCUGAGCCACCGCAGCUCCCUGGAGGUCACUUCAGGGUCUGGACCCAGUCCUGGAUUUGGGUCAUCUGCCUUCUGUCGCUCUUUAGACUGGAGUAACGGCGCUCCACCUGAAACGGCACCACCAGUGUUUGGUUCUGGAUCAGCUCCUGGGUCUCAGCGCAGCAGCUUGAUCCAAGAGUCCAGCUCCAGUCCCAAGAUAAGCGAAGACUCCCCCAUGGUGGCGGAGAUCUCCCGCCUCUCUGGCCUCUCGAAGGCUGUUGUGGUGGGACUGAUGGAACAAGGUGUGGAGCUGGACAUUGACUGCUUCCAAACAGAUACUGCAGGCGAGGUGAGGAGUCACAGUAAAACUCACCUGACACCAACAGUCCAGACAGAUCAGUCACAUGACUACACCAGACUGACCGACCUAAAUCCGCAGAGACCAAUACAGCUGUCUCUCAGUGUCACCCAUUCUCCACAGUCUCAGGCCAGCCUCACCCCUCCUCUCUCACACUCCAGCAGCCCUAUACACCCUUAUCAGUCCAUCCAUAUUCCCUCUUCCCACUUCUCCUCACACUGCCACUACCAGCAGAUCCCUUCCCCAUCCGACCUUCCCUCUUCCACGGCCUCCUCCCCUGCCUCCCGCCCCACCACAAGGGGGCGCUCCCCUCCCCGGCCUCUCCAGCCAUCCCCUAUGGGGGCCACCCCGCUCUCUGUUUUCCGACGGGAUGCGCCCUUCCAGUGCUCCCUGCCUCGCACCAAUACGAGGAGCACUCCUCUGGAGCAAGGCGGUAUCCAACCGAGGGGUGGAUCACUUCGACAGAGUGGGGGAGGAAGUGGCGGGUGGAAGAGAGUGGAGGGGGAAGGGCUUUAUAGUGGAAAGCAUGCCACCCACAAGUUGAUCCGGGCCGCCACAGUAAGCAGCUAUGCCAAGAGAGAGGACCAUAGCUCCGUUUGGGCUGAGGAGCAGGAGAUGGAGCGAUCAGAAGCCCAGACACCCAGGAAGACCUCCAACAAACUCUGGAGGGGCUUCGAGGGACGGCGCAGGUUCAAAGAGUCCGAAAGUGAAAGGGAGGAGAUGGACAGAGCCGAGUAUGGCUACGGAUGGAGGAGCAACAGCGUUGGAAGCUGGAGGAGGGAGCAUCGAAGGGUGAAGGGUUCAUCUAGCAGUAAUGACAAGAGGCCAAAAGUGGAGAACUCGCCCAUCUUCUCAAAGAAGAGGGGGAAGGAAGAGGGGGAAAGACGCAGCACCAGCCUCAGGCUUUCCAGGAGGGCUUUGUUCAGGAGUGAGUCCCAAGGCUUGCUGGUGUCUCGUAACCACGGCGAGGAGCCCACAAGACGGGCGCACUGGGUCUCCUCGUUAGACGUGGGGCAAGGUGGCCUCAGCAAACACGAAGGCCUCAGACUGCUGAGAGCAAAGGAGGAAGACAAACGCCUGUCCUCCACCGCCAGCCUCUUUAACCUCUCUCGUUCCCAGAGUCUGGAAGGCAGCUGCCAUUCCCUCUCCCCUCUCUCCUCCCCUUCCUUCUCUCCAUCCCCUCCUCCACAGAUGCCUCUGCAGCGCUCUCGCUCACUGAGGGACUUGGGGAGGAGAAUGUUUGGCUCCAUGAGGUCCCUGAGUCUCAAACGGAAGCCAUCCAAGAAGUGAAACAUGUACAAUAAAUAACCAUAACAGUAAAUGCAUCUUCCACGUGUUACGUUCAAAACUCCAGUGAUGGUUGGUAUUAUAUUUCAUGUAAAAGGAAGUGCCAUCAUUUUAAAGACUUAUGAUUGAUUAGACAGAUACACUGGUUUUCUAAUAGUGGUCAUAAGAUAGCUGGCAGUCCUUUCAUCCACUACCAAUAUGAUGGAAGUUCCUCUCAGGCACAUAGUCUGUAAAAACCUGCUAUUAAUGUUACUCUUGGCUCACGUUAUUUAUCUAAUUUUUAAAGACGUUUUAUAGCCUCUCAAAAAAACUACUGAAUGUCGUUCAAAUUUCUCCAAACAGGUUCUGCAGCAUAUUCAAAAUGCUUCGCAGCUAAUCGAUUUCACUAUCUCCCAAAGUUCUUCCUUACUGGUCAUUUAUUAUUGUAGAUUGUGCUCCCUACAGUAGCAUCAAGAGCGCUGUAGGGUGCAGCAUGAGAGAGAAAUGUCAGUGAAGAAAACAAAGGUGACGACUUCAUUUAGGGGUGAAGAAUUCCUUUUUAGGAAUUGCAAAGAACUACAAACUUAAAAAAAAAAAAAAAAAACUUUAUUAGUGUGGGUUUUGGUGGAGUUUUUAAUAGUGUGAAUGCUGUUUC